UAACAGGAAUGUGUUAAUGUGGAAGUCUCUGGGAGUGCAAGGACAAUGCAUCUUGAGCUGAACUUGAACAUUGAGAUCCUGAAAUUAUAAAUGAUUCGGUGACAAGCUGAGCUUGCAAUGCAGGCAAUAAAAACCGUGGAAAAAGAAGUGACUUUUAUAAAGGAAAUACUUUUCACAGAAUCCUUCCUAAAGCACCAAGAGUGCAGCAGAAGGCAGGAGCAGCAGCCAUUGGAAGGAGCUGUCUGCAGCUCUCAGUGCUGUACUGAGCAUGUCCCGGCGGAGCCCAGUGCAGGCAGCACAUUAUGCAAAAAGGCAGCUCUAGCAGAUGGGAGAGAGGCACAGCAAGCAUUUGCUUUACCACCGCUUGAAAACAAACGUGAAUCGCUAGAGGGGAUCUCACCGACAGGCCAAAGGAAUGAAAUCGGGGAGCAUGGCUUGAUUACCGAAGGUGGUGCGCUGCAAAAAACCAUGGGGAAUCAAGAUGGGAAGCUGAAGAAAAAUACAGGGGAUGUGCAUGAAGGAGGAGAGGAUGCCUCUGGGCCCAAGGAUACAGAUGGCACAAAGAAGGUAUCGGGGAGCAGAAGGGGACUGGGGAAGCAUGCAAAAGGAAGUGAAUCCGGUAAGAAGAAGGGCAAGUCGGACUCGAGGGCCUCAGUGUUUUCAAAUCUGAGGAUCAGAAAAAAUCUGUCCAAGGCUAAAGAUGGGAACAGUAGUUCACGGGAGGAUGUUUUGGAAAGCCAGGCCUUGCAGGCUGGAGAGCUGGACAGCACUCAUUCAAUUGUUACCAAAACUCCAGAUAUAAGCAUCUCUGCGGAUGAAGGGGGUCUCUCAGACACAGAUGUUGAACAUUUUGAAAUCAGAAAUGAAACUGUCCCAGCUGCUGCAGAGACACAGGAUGGACAAAGGACCAGCUCUGGAUCCGAUACGGAUAUAUACAGUUUCCAUUCAGCCACAGAACAAGAGGAUUUGCUUUCUGAUAUCCAGCAAGCUAUUAGACUGCAGCAGCAGCAGCAGGGGGCAAUUAACAUGGGAACUGAAGACCUUGUCACCAAAACAAUGGGCCAACACAUGGCUAAUUCACAAGCGACCCCCUUAGAUUUUGAACGGUUUCUUUCAGUAACCACCACUGACAAAGAGAGGAGCCCAGACACUGAGGGGGCUUUUCCAGCGCUAUCUGAAAUUGCAGAAAACAUUCCCAUCUCCUGUGCAACUGAACGUGAACUGAAAGAAGCGGUAAAUGGCACAGGCUCUCCUGGUAACGGCUUAUUUGAAACACGGGAACAUAAGCUAUUGAUUGAGGAACAGGAGCAGCUGAUUGCUGGAGUGGAUGCUGUAGCUAGUGAACUAGAAGAUGAUUUAAAUAGAACUGCAGUAGAAAACAGGUCUCAGACACACAGCUCCACACAACCUUUUCCAACCUCAGUAGCAGAUGCUGAGACUAAAAUUGCUGAAGUGCAGGCUGUUGAUUUGCAGGGCUCAGUAACAGAGGAUGGUAUUUCAGAUGCAGGCCCUGAUCGUGCUGCUGAGACUCAGGAAGGGAAACACACUCUGUCAGCCAGUCAAGAGUACCUGCAUAAUGGUUUAUCCACGGAAAUGAAAAAUGGCAUUUUGUCCUCCGAGGGGACGGCAGACAGUCCGAUGCUUGGUUCCCGAUGCUUUAAGCCCUAUCUAAUUAAUCCCUGUUACAUCAAAACCACAACUAGGCAACUGAGUUCUCCCAACCAUUCACCUUCUCCCUCCCCAUCCCAGAGCCCACUUUUUACAAGGAGGCAGGAGUCCUUCCACAAAAAAGAAAAAGUCUCGAUCAAGAAGCAGAGGUCUGCUAGUUUGGCAGGUUUAUUUAGUCGUUCCGCAGACUGGACAGAAGAGGUAUCUAAUCACAAAUGCGAGAUAACGCAGAAGGUGGGCUCUGCAGGCUACUUGGAGCACAAGGAAGUGCCUUUGACUCAUUCAAGAAAGUCCUCAGGGGUGCAGGCUUCUACAGAGACAUUUCCCAAUGUCUUUUCAGGACGAACUCUGCUGGAAAAACUCUUCAGCCAGCAGGAAAAUGCACCACAAGAAGAAGCAGAAAAACUAUGUUCUCGCAUUAUUGCAAUGGGUCUUUUGCUUCCAUUCACUGACUGCUUCAGGGAACCAUGUAAUCAGAGUGCCCAGCAAAGCACACCCACAUUUGAUCAAGACCAGCUUUAUACUUGGGCUGCAGUUAGCCAACCCACACAUUCAUCAGAUUACAUUGAAGGAAGCUUUCCAAGGAGAAUUCCAUCUGUAUGGCCCCCACCCAAACCUCCAGACGAAGAACAAAGGCUCAAAAUUACAGAAGAAGAGUUGAAAUCUACUGUCCUAGGAACAGAGAAACAAUGCACAGAUGAUGUUCAGCGGGAUGAUUUUGAGGUGAAAUCUGAGGAGCGCGCCAGUGUCAUCCAACAACUUGAGCAAACUAUUGAGGAUCUGAGGACCAAAAUUGCAGAACUAGAGAAACAAUUUCCUGCUUCUGAGGUACAGACUGCUGGGAGGGAGCAGGAAAAUGAGCACACGCAUUCGGUCUGUGGGGAGCUCAGCAGUGUGACUCUUCAAACGAAUGAAGAGGAGACUGUACCCAGGAUUGUGUCGCAAGCAAGAUCUGUACAAACGUCACCAACAGAGGAUUAUUUAACACACACAAUGCCUUCAGCCAAUGCACUGCCACAGCCACCCCCACCACCGCACCUAGAAGGGGGCAAAACUGAAGGGCCAACUCAUAAAUUGCCAGCUAUAGAACUACAGCCCACAUUUUGUUCUGAAAUCUCCUUAGUUCUGUCACCGAAGCUAAUCUCAGUGCCACUGGAUACGAGCCGAUCAGUAGAGAGUACACCGCAGUCACCUCUUCCAGCACCCAAAGUUAAUUUGUCCCUUGCAUUUGAAGGAGAGACUGAAAUGCCAGCUUCCCAUCAGCCUCUCGGUACUGUAGCUGUGACUUGUAGUGAACAGCCCCCUUCUUUGCCUCUGGAGCCCACACGUAGCCGAAGCUAA